AUGGAAGCCCAGAACCUCACACAAGCUGCCAAGCCUCGGCCGAACUUUGCCAGAGACCUUUAUGCACCUGAAUUCACGGUGCUGUACCGUCCUGUAAUCCAUCAGGAGUGUGGGUCAACGCUUAAGGACUUCAUCUGCCAAAUAUUCCAAGGCUCCUCUACUUCCCUGUCCCACUUUCUCUCUGAGUUCACUAUGUAUCGAAACGAGGGAUUCAUCCUAUGUGUUUCUACAUGGAUCAUCAUCUGCAUCAGCCUUCCUUUGACCCUACUGGCCAUCUACUCACUGUCGUCUCUGGUCAGAGAGGAUCACGGUGCUCCAGUCUACGUCAUCAACCUCCUCAUUUCUGACAUCAUUCAACUCCUCUGCAUGAUUGGUUGGGUGACUGACAAAAAAAACUCAGAGACAGUCAUUUUCUUUGGUCUUCAUCAUUAUACUCUGUUGUCCAGCGUUGGCUUCAUGGUGUGUAUCUCCCUAGAAAGGUAUCUGGUCAUCGUCUGGCCGCUGUGGUACAGAUUCAGAAAAAACAUCAAGACCUCUGUGGUGUUCUGUGUCCUAGUCUGGAUCCUCCCUCUUGUUUGUAUCAUCCCGUUGUAUUUCAUGGUUGAUUUGUUGACCACACAAGCCAUCGUAGGUGUCUACCUCCUCCUCCCCCUCCCUCUGUUCAUCUUCUUCCUGGGUGGGACUCUUAAAGCCCUGUCUGGAUCCAUCAGUGUCUCCUCUGAUGAAAAAAGGAGAAUUGUGUCAGUUCUGGUCGUAGUGCUGCUUAUUUACACACUGCUGUUCAUGCCCAGCAUCAUUUGGUUACUGUCAGGAAAAGACAUAAUGAAUUCUAGAUUCAUCAUAGUGUCUGAGAUUCUCAUUCAGCUGAGUCCUCUUGCCGACUUGAUUUUAUACAUUUUCAUGACGAAAGGAACCACAGACAAGAUUUUGGCCUCACUGUGUUGUUGCAGAAUGCAGCUUCAGGAAUCACCAGAUGAACAGCAUGAAUAA